AUGGAUAGUACACGAUCGCCUAUGAAUAACCUCUUUAACAUGCUGUCAGGCUUCAGCGCGGAUCAUAAAAAGGCCUUAAAACAAGGCAUUUACAAUGCGGUGGCACUAUUCUUUUUGUGUCUGGUUUCCGCAGCAGGCUUCGGAUUGUACAUUAUAUUGAGACCGUUUGUAAAACCUUUGAUUUGGGCCCUGUUAUGUGGUUCUGUUUUAUUCCCCUUCAAAUAUUCCUUAACUACGAUUGUGCAGUCGUGGUUUGAGAAAACGGAGGCGUCUCACACUCCUUUAAUAAUAAAUUUAAUGGUGCUCCCUGCGCAAAUAGUUGACAAAGUAUCCGAUAGUAUAGGGUCAUUUUUAUGGGAACACAUUAAAUAUAUUGCCAGUGUAUUUUUAUUGACUGCGUCAGCUCUAACUAUAUAUCAUUACACGCCUACGAUAUUAAGCUGCCUUAUAUGGAGAAUAUGCCUAAUUUUUAAUGCUGUUUUUGGAUUUUUUAUAACAAUGUGCAAUACUUUCAUGAUUACUUUUAUACUUAUUGGAUAUUUAUCCGUAUUGUAUAUUUACUGGACACCAAAUAAUUCCAUUCAGUUUCGUUAUAGCUCAUUUAUUAUAUGGUUCAUGAUUAGCUUAUAUAUUUCUAACAUAUUAGGUGCUUAUCAAAUUAUUAUAUUCACGACAUUACAAAUACUAUACUUCAUAGGAUUUAUUUAUGAAGUAGUAGCUAUUAUGGAAAACCAAGAAUUAGAAAACAAACAUACGACGUUUGUAGAAGCAAUGUGCUUUGCAUUGACAAAUAACUUAGUCACAAAUACGCAACAAGAAUCAUUUCCCUCAGCUUCAAAAGACUCCAUAGAAAAUAUUAACGAAGAAAGUAUAAAUGAUGAGAUAAAUAGAGGUCAAGAUAUGAAAAUUAUGAAAUUCUCCAGGAAGACAAUGUCACUGGAUGCAAAAACAGGUGUAAUAAACAGAUUACAACCAUCUAAUGUAUCAUUACGUGAUCGUUAUUUGUUAAGAAGAUUGAAAACAGAAUUACGAAUGUCCAUAGAUAUAGAAAAUGAUAAGGUUGAUACUGAUAAAUAUAUGUAUGGUGCAUUAUAUGCUUGCAUUGCUUUUUAUAUUAUUAAGCAACUUGGAAAUUAUUUUGGAAUAUGGAAGAUGAUUGGAAAUCAAUGCAACAUUAUUGUGCAAAUUAUAAAAAUAUGGUGUACAGAAAGACAUCAAGCUCUUUUACCAGUUAAUGUUAGAGGUUUAUACAAAAUUGGAAUCAUAAUUGAUGAAAAAUUAACAAAAAUCUUGAAAGCUUCAGUUGAUUCUGUAGUAACAAUUGCUGUGAUUUUUGGAUUACUUAUAUUCACUACUUGUACUUCUAUUUUUAUAACAAUACAGGUUUAUGCAGAAGGUAUGCAUCUUAUUCAAAUGACUGGAGAGAUACUUAAUUCAUCUUUGAAUAAUCCAGACAUUGAUUGGUUACCUGAACAAUGGGAGGAUUCAGUUAAUAGUGUGUUAGAUAAUGCUUACACGUAUGGACGAAGUGCUAUUUCUGAUGGAAUAAAAAGUUUGGUAAAAGAUUUAGAUGCUGCAAAAGCUGAACAAAUGGAAAAGAAAGUUUUAGAACUUUGGGAUAGACUUUAUCAAGCAUGGAUGAUGUCUACCGAAAAUCCUAAUCUAAUUGGGCCUACUGUAGAUGUUACAGCAGCUUAUUCAGUGUGGGAAAAUCUCAAUGAAAGUCUUGAAAAAACACCUUUACAACUGUUUAACAUGACUAGUAUACAAAAUUUUGUAAAAGAAAAUAUUGGAACUUUUAUGUCAGUAUUGGAUUCCAUUUGGAGUAUAGUGAAAGGAAAUAUGUCUGUGAUAUUAACAAUUUUUACAGAAUUAUUUUAUAUUAUACUUAUGAGUGGAUCAGCAGUACUUAACUUCGCUCUCAGCAUGGUGGUAUUUUUUACGACGCUCUUUUACCUUCUUAGUUCUAGUGAAAAAACAUACAAACCUAUUGAGUUAACUACAGUAUUUAGUCCUAUUAGUUGUCACAGGUUUGCUAUAGCAUUACAAGAAGCAGUAAUUGGAGUAUUUGCUGCAACAUUUAAACUUGCUUCCUUUUUUGGCAUGUGGACAUGGUUUAUACAUAAUUUGUUCCAAGUAAAAAUAAUUUAUUUACCAUCUGCUUUUGCAACAAUACUUGGUGCAGUGCCAUUUUUGGAUGCAUAUUUUGCUUGCAUCCCAGCUACUUUGGAGCUCUGGUUUACUCGAGGAUCUAUGAUUGCUAUUUUGUUUUUUAUGUUUCACUUCCUUGCUUGUAAUAUUGUUGUAACUGAAUUCUACAAAGAAAUAAAAGGGGGUGGACAUCCAUAUCUUACAGGUCUUUCCAUAGCAGGCGGAAUCUUUUGUUUGGGUGUAGAAGGUGCAAUUUUUGGUCCUUUAUUAUUAUGUUGUAUAAUGGUAGCAAUUAAUCUAAGUCGUCGUUACCUCCAGUCACCAUCGGAAGAAACUAUGCCUGAUUUCACUAUCAGAAAUUAA